AUGGAUGCAGUCCGCGAAACUCCCGCCGGCAGCCCAAGAAUCUCAUUCUCCCACCACCUUUCGUCCACCGGAGAUCACUGCCCUUACCGUUCCGAAUCCAACUCCGACUUCCAUUUCUGCAACAUUUUUGAAACGGAAACAGAAACCUCUUGCGCAGGUGAGAUCUUUUCGAAUGGCUUCCUUCUCCCUCUUCACCAAAAGCCCCAGGCGUCGUCUUCUCCGUCCAAAAAAGAUGAUGACAAUGAAGCCUCGAAGGUGAAAAGUCAGUCUAGGCCUUUCUGGCGCAUAAGGAGGAGCAGCAGUCUGCACUGUGAGAACAGCCAGAAGAGAGGGUCAAGUUGGUCAUUUCACUCCUUGCCACGCAGCAGCUCCACUGGCUCCAAGCAAACGAAGAAGAAAACUCCAUCUUCAUCAUCAUCGUCGUCUUCUCCAUCGGUUCACUUUUAUGAGUUUCCAUUAUCGUCGCAGAAGCCUCCGUUAAGGACCAACCAUGGAAACGGCGCCGUUCGGAUCAAUCCGGUGCUCAAUGUGCCGCCCCCUAGUUGUAUCUCCAUGGGGAAUACUAAUCUCUUUGGGUUGGGAUCUUUGUUUAAGACUGGUAAAGAUAAUAAGAAGAUCAUCAAGAAAUAA